CUACUAUUUGACAUUUCUAACCUCAAAAUGUAAAGGCCUGUCAAGGUCAUUUAUAUUAUUGUUUUCAGGAAAUUUAAGUGUAGAGUGUAAAUUUUGAGUAAUGGCUCCGCCUCCGAUAGUGUCAGGAUUAUCUCCGAAUGAAGGGCCUCCAGGCACGAGGAUAAAAAUAAGAGGCGAAAAUUUUGGAAAUCAGCCUUCGGAUAUCGUAGGUCUGACCAUUUGCGGGGUAGAUUGUCUCCUUACGGCCGAGUGGAAAUCCCCAAACAAAAUCAUAGCGAUAUCUGGAACGGGUAAGGGUAAAGGAGAAGUUAUUGUUAGCACUAAAUAUGGGGGCACAGGCAGUUGCAAUGUUACAUUCAAAGGCUAUCACUUGGCUACAAUAGGGCCGAUGAAAGAGAGCGCAGUGUGGGUGGAAGAAACCCCACUCUUCUCGUGGGGAAGACAUUCUCUCAGCACCACAAGUUUCCAGCAAGAAGAUCCUUUAGGCUUAUCAAUAGAAGAAACUGAAAAUAAGAUCAGCGAAGAUUUUUUGAUCAACCACUUCGCUGGCAAAUGUGGGGACAUAACCAGUACGAACUUUUCUCCUGGCUGGUUUCUGUUAGAGAAUCAUCAAAAUACAAGUUUCAAUGACUUGAGUGCGGGACUUGUACAUCUGCGUAGAAAAGUGCAAGGUCAAAAAGAAGGGCAACUAUCAUUUCUAAAGGCAAACAUUGGGUCUGUAAUGGACCAAGUGGAUACCUUGGUAAAUAUUUGGGAAAAGUACGACUCUGACUUGCCAAAACUUGGUAAUGAACCUACGCUCAAAUUAGAGAAAGCAAUCAAGGAGUCUGAGAGAGAAGCUAGAAAGUUGUUUGACGAAGUACUGUCUAGAAAAGACCGAGCUGAGAAAACAAGAAAUGCUCUCAAUGUAUUACAAAGAUUCAAAUUUUUAUUUUGCUUACCAUGUGUUAUCGAGAGAAACAUCAAAAAAGGAGAAUACGAUAUCGUGAUAAAUGACUACAUGAGAGUAAAGAACCUGUUUCUUAAAACGGACGUGCCAGUAUUCAAAGAUGCUCCGAGUGAGAUAGACAAACGAAUUGAGGAAUUGCAAAAAAAAUUACAUCAAGAUUUACAAACAAUGCCAAUCACAGUAGAACAACAAAAGAGGCUGAUAAGAUACUUAACCAAUCUAGACUCCCCUUUUGAUGCUGCUUGGGACGCUAUCAAAAGUCGGUCGGACUACAUCAUCAAAAAAUUUAAAUCGAUAUAUGAAUAUCACAAGUCCACUGAGAAACCCGAGAUGGAUAAAAAGAAAGGCUCUGCAAACAAAUUUGCAAAGUUCAAUAAUUCACAGUUAAUCGAAGUUAACACUGUGCCUGCAUGUGUCAACUUUAUCGACGAGAUUUGUGCAACCAUCUCGGAGAUUUUCCCUGAUUUGUGGAAGAUAGGACAAGCGUAUUUUUCCGGAGAAUUGCAAGUUAAGGUGGAAGCAGGAAGACAGGUAGAAUACAAGUAUAUGGUAAUGAACGUUAUUGAAUCUUUUUGCAAAUACAUCAAGGCGAGCAUAAUUCCAAAUACGUUGGAUAAAGCAGAUAGAAAUCAAUUUGGAACUUUAACAACUCCAGAGCGAGACGAGAUAGCUCACUAUCUACCAGAACUUCUGAGAUCCGUCAGAUCUUCCUACUCGACGCUCAUUAGAUUAGAUUUGCCAAACGAGGCUCUAGACAUUAUAGGAAACUUGCUGUUAGAUCUUCGUAUACACUGCAUGAGCAUUCUUUUCCAACAGACAACAGAACAAAUCAAACAGUUGUCCGAGAAUUGGCAAAUCCAGUAUAAUGGAAAAUAUAUGGGCGUUACUGACUUACCGAUAAAAUUUUUGCAACUUGUUGAGGAUGUUAUACAAAUUGUUAAAGAAUCAGCUUUGUCAGGUGAACAGAGAGAAAGUCCCCUCCUAGAUAAGCCAACAGCUAAGAAGGAGUUGGAGAAGCAGGUCGACAGCAUUUUAUCAGCCUUCCACGGCAGCCUAAGCACGCUUUCCUUCUCCGAGGAUUUAGAAGACGGGGAAGAUAGCUCCCCUGUCGUCUCUCAGCUGAUAGGCACCCCUGUUAGCUCACAAAAAACUAGCAAGGCAAAGCAAAACAUCCCAAUAUGGGAACAUCGUCUGCUCAUCACAUUGUCAAACUGCAUGUUCACCAAAAGCACCAUUCUAGACACGAUUCUGGCAAAAUUCAAAGAAUCCGGCUUCCCUUCCGUGGACGGCUGCGUCAACAACGCCAAGACAAAAUUAGAGAAUCUGGAGCGUACAAUCCUGGACAGAUAUCUGGAACAAAAAAGUGACCCGCUGGUAGGCACCAUCGAACCGUCGAUGUACUUAGGCCGUUUCGACUGGGAUGUGACAGUGUCUCCGACAGAUAUCCGUCCGUACGCCAAAGAAUGUAUCAACAAUCUCAUCAACGUGCACGCUGAAGUCAUCGGCGUUUCCAGCGCGUUACUGGACAACGUCCUGACACGCAUAGUAGAAACUGUCGCGGAGGAACUGUACAGAGUGAUGUCGUGCGUGCAGAAAUUUAGCAGACAGGGCGCGCAACAGGCGAGAGCGGAUAUACAAGCGCUGCAGGAGUUUUUCAAAGAUUACACUUCGGACGCGGCCAAGGGACAUUUUGCGGAAGCGUUGGACGUCGUACCGAAAUUGGAGAAUUCCGAGAAGGCGUUGGUGGAGGAUGUGCUGAGGCAGUGCAAAGCGAGGAUGAAGAUACAGCUGAUGUGUUUAAGGAAAACGUAAAAACGGUAAAGUUUUUCUGGCGUUUGGGAGUGCUUAGGCAUUCGAGAUAACAGCGUGAAACAAAGUUAUAUCCAAUGCGAAGGUUACGUUAUAUGGAGUUCUGGUGCUAUGAAGAAGCGUAAUUGGCUGCCGAUAAUAUACAGGGUGUCCCAGAAGUCGACGUCAAGCCGAAACCGGGUGAUAGGCAAAGUCAUAACAGCUAUCAGAAAAAUAUUUAAAAAAAUUUUAUGUAUGUGUUUUGAAAAUUAUAGGUCUUUGAAAAAAAUAUAGAAAUUUCAC